UACUCAGCUAACGUUUGUGGGAUUGAAAAGGUUUGGCUCAAACGCAUAAGUAGCUUGUAAGCUCUUCUUGCGAGCCAACCAAUGUAACGUCUAGCUGUUACUGGUUAGCGUUUAGGUAGUUCCUCUUGGUUUUCUGUUGUUUUUGUUUUACACUGUUAAUGAGACAGAUGACGUUUGUUUGAAGUGAUAACACAUAACUAAAGCCACAGCCAUAUGUUUGGUCAGUAGUAGAACUGAUUGUAAAAAAAAGUUAGUUUGUUUUGUGCUCGCUGAGCAACUGGUAAAAGUAGCAAGAGAUUUGCAAAAAGAAUGGAUAUUAGAGAUUCUGCAGGAAGGUGGGACGCCUUGGGUAGCAAAGAUGUCAGCUCUAGAGAGGAGGCAAUGGAAAACAUACGGCAAGAAGUUAUGAGAAGCGUGGAGAACAUAGGGCCGAUGAACGAGGUCCUCUCCGCUCCGGGGUCACCUGCUGUCUCUCCGAGUGACCUGAACGACGUGCUGGCCCGUCUGCUCAUGCUGUCCAAGAGAUGUCCCUACGCUGACGUCAGGGAGAAAUGCGCACGGGUACUGCAGAGCGUCCAGGAAAUCGGAGUAAGAAUCCCAAGACCUCUGGGAAACGGACCAAGCAGAUUUAUCCCUGAGAAAGAGAUACUUCAAGUGAGCAAAGUGGACGCAAGAACACAGACAAUAUUUGAAGACGCCUUCGCAGCAUUGGGUCGCCUCGACAACAUCUCCUUGGUAAUGGGAUUCCACCCUCGUUAUCUGGAGAGUUUCCUGCGGACACAGCACUACUUGCUGCAGAUGGACGGGCCCCUCUCACUGCACUACCGUCACUACAUCGGUAUCAUGGCUGCGGCCAGGCAUCAGUGUUCGUAUCUGGUGAACUUGCACGUCAACGACUUCCUGCAAGUGGGAGGGGACCCCAAGUGGUUGAAUGGCCUGGACGGUGCCCCACAGAAACUGCAGAAUUUGGGAGAGCUGAACAAAAUCCUUGCUCACCGCCCAUGGCUCGUGACCAAAGCGCACAUAGAGCAACUGCUGAAGGCGGAGGAGCACAGCUGGUCUCUGGCAGAGCUCAUCCACGCGGUGGUCCUCCUGACUCAUUACCAUUCCCUGGCCUCUUUCACAUUCGGCUGUGGAAUCAGCCCCGAGAUCCACUGCGACGGGGGCCACACCUUCAGGCCCCCGUCCGUCAGCAACUACUGCGUGUGUGACAUUGCCAACGGCAAUGGAGCUACAGAGGAGAUGCUGGCCAACCAUCCGAUGCCCGAGGCGUCCAGCGAGGUGGAGGUGCUGAUGGAGAGGAUGAAGCAGCUCCAGGAGUGCCGGGACGAGGAGGAGGCCAGCCAGGAAGAGAUGGCCACGCGCUUCGAGAGGGAGAAGACGGAGAGCAUGCUGGUGGUCACCGCAGAGGAUGAUGAGAUGAUGCCAUCAAGAGAUGUGUCCCGUCACUUUGAGGAUCCGACUUACGGAUACAAGGACUUCUCCAGACGAGGAGAGCACGUGCCUACCUUCCGUGUUCAGGACUAUAGUUGGGAGGAUCAUGGGUACUCCUUAGUGAACCGUCUCUACCCCGACGUUGGGCAGCUACUGGAUGAGAAGUUCCAGAUGGCGUACAACUUGACGUACAACACCAUGGCCACGCACAAAGACGUGGACACCUCCAUGCUGAGGCGGGCUAUCUGGAACUACAUACACUGCAUGUUCGGAAUCAGAUACGAUGAUUACGACUACGGCGAGAUAAAUCAGCUGUUGGACCGUAGCUUUAAAGUGUAUAUCAAGACCAUGGUCUGCAGCCCAGAGAAGAUAACAAAAAGAAUGUAUGAGAGCUUCUGGAGGCAGUUUCAACACUCUGAGAAGGUACAUGUGAAUUUGCUUCUUAUGGAAGCGCGGAUGCAGGCUGAACUGCUUUACGCUCUGAGAGCCAUCACUCGCUACAUGACAUGAAGUGCUUUUUUUUUUUUUCCUCUUUGUGAUCUUGUGGACAUUUUAAAAGAAGCCUGAAUGUGACGUAGAUCUCCAUGAUGGAUGCUGAAAAACGAAAGAAAGUCAUUUGAACCCAGAGCUGGACAAUUGACUGACUAGCUGCUCCAUUGUGCCAAAAUCCCACCAUUGGGGGGGGGAGCGGCGGGCGGGGCGGGGCGGGGGCGCGCCUGGGCCAAAUGCCUGUCCGCCACACAUCGUCUGAUGGACAGAAGGCUGGAGGCCAGUCUUCAGUAUUCCAUCACAUCUGCAGUAGAUGUCACUGAAUACCAUGUGAAAACAUUGCAGCUUCCAUACCAGUGCGCCUGACUGCACUACGUAUUUAGUAGUUGAUGUUUUUUUUUUUUGUAUUAAAGUUGACGUUGAGGCAACUGGAUUUAGAAGCAUUACUUGGCUGUAUGUUUGCCUGAAUACAGCACCACAGAGGUGCAAAGGGGGGAGGGGGAGGGGGGGGUGCCGCUGCUCUUCUUGAUGCUGGGAUGUUGUUGCACCCCUCAGCUGUUCAUGUAAGCUAACACAAACGUGUAACACUGUCUGAGCCUACCUGUGGUUGUUUGUAAGAAACCACUUUUUUAUUUUAAUCCACAUUGUGAUCCAAUUAUAUUUCACUUUUGUAGCCUUUGGAAUUUCAAACGUGGAGCGAAACACUUUGAAGGAUGACCGCUUCUGCUGUACAAGACAAUUAUCCACUUAUCCAACUUUUUUUUUUUUUUGAAGCUUUGUUCUGUUAAUGGUCUUCCUGCAAAAGUGCUUCCCAUAUUCUCUCUGCACUUGUCUUCCACAUGGGGGUCAUCUAACAUUUUAAGUUUUGCAUUUGAAUAUAAAUACCUCUCUGAAUGCUCUUUCUGAGCAGACCUUCUCUUUGGCACCUGGCCUCCCACAGUGUUGCAGGUGAAUGGAGGCUUGCUCGGCUGCAGACAGUGAUAUCAUGCUAGUUCUUACUGUUGAAAUGUAACCAGUAUAAGCCGUUUUUUCAAGAUGGGGUGGAGAGUCCUUUUUCGUUGGUUUUACCAGAAAAGGCGUGGAUUCAAAAGACGAUUGAAAUGGUUGGAGAUAAUAACUGAGAAGAGGAAGGGGAAGGGGAUGGUACAAUUUCAAAAUGCUUGUAACAAGUAUACAAGGUUUUCAUGGAAACUGAUGUCAGUUACUGGCAUUUUUAUAAGAAAUAUAAAGUGUUUUCAUUGCA